GCAGAGGGACUUGGAACUGAGAAUGUGCAGGAGAGGAGACUGAGGAGUGGGAGACCCUGGUCACAGACUCGACUUUGUGAGGUCCCAAUAGGGGGACAUAAUAGAGUAACUCCCUCCUGGCUUUCCACACACCCAAUACUGAGUGCUCCCAUUUUCGAGAUGGGAAAACUAAAGCAUACUCAUUCUGUGGUGCAUCUAAUUGUGGGACUCCAAAUCCUUGGGCUACUAAGCCAGGCCUAGUUCAAACACAAGCGUGCUUCUUGUAAAUAGAGUAUUCUGAGUUAAUUUACUACAAAGGUUCGAGCCCCUGCCAUCUAAUUACUCAGUGCUACUGGUUGGCCUUGGACAAUCCAGCAAGUGUUAAUGAGGGCAUAGUAUGUGCUGACAUUGCUGCUGGAUGCUUGGGCUUCAAAGCUCCCCUGGGACCAUGUCAGAGAGAGAAGAGCGGAGGUUUGUGGAGAUCCCUCGUGAGUCAGUUCGACUCAUGGCAGAGAGCACAGGGCUGGAGCUGAGUGACGAGGUGGCGGCUCUGCUUGCUGAAGAUGUGUGCUACCGUCUCAGAGAGGCCACACAGAAUAGCUCUCAGUUCAUGAAGCACACCAAACGGAGGAAGCUAACAGUAGAGGAUUUCAACAGGGCUCUCAGGUGGAGCAGUGUGGAGGCUGUGUGUGGCUAUGGGUCCCAGGAGGCACUGCCCUUGCGACCCGCAAGAGAGGGUGAGCUCUACUUUCCAGAGGACCGAGAAGUGAACCUCGUGGAGCUGGCAUUAGCCACCAACAUCCCCAAGGGCUGUGCAGAGACAGCAGUCAGAGUCCAUGUCUCCUAUCUGGAUGGCAAAGGAAACCUGGCACCUCAGGGAUCAGUGCCCAGCGCAGUGUCUUCACUGACAGAUGACCUUCUCAAGUACUACCAGCAAGUCACGCGGGCUGUACUGGGGGACGACCCCCAGCUGAUGAAGGUCGCCCUCCAGGACCUGCAGACAAACUCCAAGAUUGCUGCACUCCUGCCUUACUUUGUUUAUGUGGUCAGUGGGGUCAAAUCUGUAAGCCACGACCUGGAGCAGCUGCACCGACUACUGCAGGUGGCACGGAGCUUGAUACGGAACCCACACCUCUGCUUGGGGCCCUAUGUCCGAUCCCUGGUGGGGAGUGUGCUCUAUUGCGUCUUGGAGCCACUGGCCGCCUCCAUCAACCCUUUGAAUGACCACUGGACUCUUCGGGAUGGGGCUGCGCUUCUACUCAGCCACAUCUUCUGGACUCAUGGGGACCUUGUAAGUGGCCUCUAUCAGCAAAUUCUGCUAUCCCUGCAGAAGGUCCUGACAGACCCUGUUCGGCCUCUCUGUUCUCACUAUGGGGCUGUGGUAGGGCUGCAUGCUCUGGGCUGGAAGGCAGUAGAACGAGUCCUCUACCCACAUCUACCCACUUACUGGACAAACUUGCAAGCCGUGCUGGAUGACUAUUCAGUAUCUAAUGCCCAGGUCAAAGCAGAUGGGCACAAAGUCUAUGGAGCUAUUUUGGUGGCCGUAGAGCGACUACUGAAGAUGAAAGCCCAGGCAGCAGAGCCCAAUCGCGGUGCCCUUGGCGGGAGAGGGUGCCAUCGUGCCGAGGACCUGCCUUGGGACAGCCUUCUCCUAGAGUCUUCCCCGGGAGGCGGUGCCGAACCAGGCUUUGGGUCUGGUCUCCCCCUGCCGCCAGGAGGCGCCCGGCUAGAGGACCCUUCUUCCUUGACCCUGGCAGAAAUCUACCGAGAGUUGUACGCUUUCUUCGGUGACAGCUUGGCCACACGCUUCGGCACUGGCCAGCCCGUGCCCACGGUCCCGCGCCCGCCCGGAGACAAGAAGGAGCCAGUGGCUGUCCCAGACUCGGUGCGGAAAAUGCCGCAGCUGACCGCUAGCGCGGUGGUCAGCCCGCAGGGAGAUGAGAGCCCGCUCGGUGGGGGCCCCGCGACCGCCUCCGCCGCCUCGGAGAGCAGACCGCUGCCGCGCGUGCACCGGGCGCGGGGCGCUCCUCGUCAGCAGGGUCCUGGCACCGGGACGCGCGACGUCUUCCAGAAGAGCCGCUUUGCGCCCCGCGGUGCCCCUCACUUCCGUUUUAUCAUCGCUGGGCGUCAAGCCGGGCGGCGCUGCCGCGGGCGUCUCUUCCAGACUGCUUUCCCCGCGCCCUACGGGCCCAGCCCGGCGUCCCGCUACGUGCAGAAGUUGCCCAUGAUCGGCCGCACCGGCCGCCCAGCUCGCCGCUGGGCGCUCUCGGACUACUCUCUGUACCUGCCCCUGUAAGGCUGCCGCCUCUUCACAAAUAAAUCCUCCCCAGGAA